AUGUUAACAUUGAGAAGCAGCAGGCGCAAUCCAAUCAUCUCCCUCCAUUGUCACUUCGAUCUCAUCUCCUCCAAAUUUCAAACAACAUUCAAAUCCCCGGGGUUUUUCUAUCUUUCUGUGCAUCUGAUUCUUUGGCAUCUGGAGCCGUUUGCAGUCCAUCGGAAGCAGUCGAUUGAAUUGCAACUAUAUGGAGAUGAAUGA